AUGGCAGCACCCAAGGUCGCAGUGGUUGGUGCAGGAGUCAUCGGUUUGUCCACAGCACUGUGCAUCAUGGAGGCUUAUCCCAGCUGCUCUGUGACAGUCCUCUCAGACCAGUUCAGCCCCAACACCACGAGUGAUGUUGCAGCUGGGAUGCUCAUCCCUCACACCUACCCAGGCACACCGGUCCACAUGCAGAAGCAGUGGUUCAAAGAGACCUUUGCUUGCCUUUCUGCCAUCAGCAACUCCACCAAGGUAUCAGAGGCUGGCGUCCACCUGGUCUCUGGGUGGCAGGUCUUUAAAAGCACUCCCAAAGAAGAGUUACCCUUCUGGUCAGAUGUUGUCCUGGGAUUUCGACCAAUGUCCAAAGCAGAACUCCAAAAGUUCCCGCAGCACCUAUUUGGUCAAGCCUUUACAACGCUGAAAUGUGACUGUCCACCCUACUUGCUGUGGCUGGAGAAAAGGUUGAAAGCAGCUGGCAUCCAGAUGUACACCAGAAAAGUUGCAGAUCUGUGGGAGUUGCACAGCGAAUAUGACAUUGUUGUCAACUGCACAGGCAUUGGAGCCCACCAGUUGGUGGGGGACAAGAAGCUCUUCCCUGUCAGGGGACAAGUACUCAAGGUUCAUGCUCCUUGGGUGAAAAACUUCAUCCGGGAUGGGGAUGGCUUAACUUAUAUCUACCCAGGGAUACACAGGGUAACCCUGGGGGGAACCAGAGAAAAGGAGAGCUGGAGUCUCUCCCCUGAUCCUGACACUACCAAAGACAUCUUUGACAGAUGUUGCUCCCUUGAGCCCUCACUGCAGGAGGCUCAGGAUAUCGAGGUGAAGGUGGGCCUGAGGCCAUCCAGGCAGUGUGUGAGACUGCAAAGAGAGAUUUUGAGCCAAGGAGGACUUAAGCUCCUAGUGGUCCACAACUAUGGGCAUGGGGCAGGUGGCUUUUCAGUGCACUGGGGCACAGCCAAAGAGGCUGCUCACCUGGUGGGAGAGUGCAUUGCUGCCCUGCAAGGCUCCUCAUCAAGGGCCGAGAUUUGA